AUGUUUUUCCUUUCUUUCGCUUCAAGCUUCGUGCUCGCAUGCAUCUUGCAAGCUGCGGCGGUCCCUCAUCCCGCACCUCACGCAAUGCGUCGGGCGGAUAUCUCAGUCGUCACUAAGAUGACAUCUACCCAGCUGGAUGAGAUGGUGCCAUAUGCUCAUUUUGCUAGUGCUGCUUACUGUUCGCCUAUCCUGAUAAAAGCCUGGAAGUGUGGUUACUACGUUGGUUACUGGCCGACAGAAAAUUCCGUGGUAGUUGCUCAUGAAGGUACAGACCCAACCAAAUUCCUAGCUGAUCUCACUGAUGCCUAUGGUUUGCCGGAACGCCUGGACUCUACCCUUUUCCCCGGUGUCGGUAGCGACGUCAAGCUUCACAGCGGAUUUGCUGACGAGCACAAGCGAACUGCGAGCAUCAUCUUGAACGAAGUGAAGAGCCUGAUCUCUCAGUAUAACGCCACGAGCGUCACACUGGUCGGACACUCCCUGGGAGCCGCCCUCGCGGAGAUUGAAUGUGUGUUUAUGGCCUUGAACCUUCCUUCUAGUAUCGCUAUCAAAGGUGUGACAUUUGGUACACCCCGUGUAGGAAAUCCAGCAUGGGCCGCUUUCUUUGAUUCCCUGGUACCAGACUUCCAACGCAUUAACCAUAAGAAAGAUAUUGUUCCGGUUGUUCCGGCGCGCUAUUUGGGCUUCUCGCAUGUCCAUGGAGAGGUCCACAUCCUAUCUGAUGGAGACGCAGUCCAGUGCCCAGGUGACGACGAUGCCAUGGAUCUUCAGUGCACAAUCAGGAGUGUGCCCACCAUGUUUCUGGGAAAUAUCGUGGACCACUUGGGUCCAUACCAAGGGGUUUUUAUGGGCUCUUGCUUAUGAUUGACAUGGACCAGGGCAAGCCUCGCAUCAGGCCAUUCGCGACUUUAGAGAUCAAAAGGGACAACGGGGGUCCCAUAGAUUAGACAGUAUUGUCCUACAUAGGGUAUCAUCCUCAACGGACACAAAUUGGAGUUGAAAAAAUCUGGCAUGAACUCGCAUUAUAUGGCUGAACGCCAGAUAUUUGUUGGCCUUUAU